CAUUAUAGAUAUUUUCGAAAUCUUUGUCAAACAUACGUAGAGCAACUUCCAUCAACGUGCAUAGUAAAUGUAACUCCAAAUUGAUCUUCGAGUAGACCGUGAACGCAACAGGAGGCAGUAGCAGGUUGCGCCUGGCCGUUGGGCAGCGGUCCAGCUAUAUUCACUGCUAACUAUGCCUGGAAAAUGUAAAUUCCAAGACUCGUGGCUCUCAAAGGGAAUUUACAAGGACUGGCUGGUUAAGGACGUUCAGGACAUUCACUUCGCCCGUUGCAGGGCCUGCUGUAAAUCAAUCAAACUUCAGACCAUGGGCGAGGCUGCUCUCACCAGCCACGCAGGGGGAGCUGGCCACAAAGCAGCGGUCCGCAAGCUAGUGGAAGCAGACAAUUUGAUGAUGAUAAAUGCUGCUGAGGAAAUGAAUGGCAGCACAAAUCGGGCUGAGGACAGCAAGGAGAAAGCGGCCAUCUGCCUCCAGCGUGACACCUUGGACAGAAUAACAGGCAGUGAUUGGUCAGAUCUGCACCACAGUCCCACUACAAACUCCACCUCCCACAAUGCCGAGCUACAGGAUGUGACAUUUCCCGCUGCCUUCUUCACAUCACCAGGCACCUCCAGGCUCAUCAGCCAGCGUCUCCACCCGUCAGGCGGUGAGACGGAGGAUGCGGGCCGCCGCUCGACUCAGCACGACUGCGUAGACCUGUCGAGACUGGAGCACCAGCAGAGAACGGAAGCUCUGGAGCAGCAGCAGCAGAUGAAGAUCCUGGAAUGGGAGAACAGGAUGAAGGUGCUGGCUUGGGAGCAGGAGCUGGUGAGGGAGAAGAGGAGAGCAACCCGGCAGAAGGAGAAGGCCUUCAGGAUGAAGAAGGCUUACUACAAAGCCAAGCUAAAGAGGAUGGGCGAGGACGUGCCGCCAUCUUCCUCCAGCAGCGGCGAUGAAGAGGAGAAAACGUCUGAUCCCACAGGAUGAACCGUAAUAGUUUAGUGCUUGUAUCAUUCUUAUGUUCUUUUGUCGGUAUGCCAUGGAACUGAUACUAUGUUUUUUUUUUUUUUUUUUUUUUUACAUUUAUUUGUACUUCAAUGAAAAAGGAAGAUUCUUUGUUGCUUUAAAUCAGCAUUUCUUACGCAAGGAGGGAAAACUUAUUUUCCUGCUAAAUAAGUAAGGCCUUUUUGGUUCGUUUGGUAGAAAAUGACAUCCUACUGAAUUACAAGUUCUGUUACUUAAAAGCAGAAGUCUGAGACAAUAUGCCAUAUGGUCAAAACGACUAUCAACUGCAAUGUGACGCCCAUCUUCUCUGUUCAAGAAAGUUUUCUCAAAGAUAUUCAACAUAAACUAAACUAGUUGAAUUCAACCCAAGUGAAAGAUAUGGUACUAAUAGACCCAUAAAAGUAAAUGGAAAUGCUAUGAAACAUGAAUGUUUUGCCCACCAUGUUGAAAAGCCUCUGGGUUACUGUGUAAAAGGGUUGGGAUCAAAAUCACAGUGAUCUUGUGUCUUAUCCGUCAUUUUAAUCACAAUGUGGCUUCAGUGAUCAAAAUGAUACGUAAUUCAUUGAUGUUUAAGGUAGUUCCUGUAAAGGUCAAAGCCUGUUCUCGGGAGAAUGUUCUUUAAAGAAUGUGCUGCGAUUACAUCUGAUCACUACAGAUGUAGAAAUGAAAUGACAUCUCUAAACGGACAAUCGUUUUACAUGAUUUUACCUGCAUAGCUUUUUUUUGCGGUGCAUGUUAAUAUGAGUAUGUAUGCUUAAACAUUUUUCUUUGCUUUGUAAAUAAAUAUUGCAUUUGAUACAAA